AACGCUUUUCACUUGCUCUCAAUCUCACAUCAUCUUGUCCAAAAGCCAACGGAAGUCGAAGGCGAGAGAGAGAGAUAGAGAAAUAGAGGCGCGCACUGUAGCCUUUCUCCUGCUGCGAAAGACUCAUCACAAUCAUCAUCUAAACUUCUUCCCUCUUAUCUGCAUCUCUGCCCACUCUGUGCUUUCCAGUGGAGUUCUGAUGGAGUAGGGAGUGUUGAAGAGGCCGUUUUGUUACUCUAUUUUUCAAGCUUAAACCACAAUCUAUAUUUUCUUAAUCUGCUGUUGUGUUUGGACUUCAUGGGUGGGAUCGCUAUUGAAGCAGCCAUGACGUUCUCUGGUGGCUUAGAUUUUGGCCAAUUCAUGUCCAUUGGCCAUGAAAAAAGUAGUGGUUACCUCUCGAUACUGCAAAAGCCUCCUUCUGACCUCAGCCAUCUUCAACACACUGCCUGUGGUGAUUCUUCUGUAAUUGAUGGUGAUCUGGUGGACCCGCCACCGGAAAACUUUCCAGAAUCCUUGCCUGAUGAUGAUGAGAGUGAUGAUGACCUGGAUGUGGAAGAGCUAGAGCGUCGUAUGUGGAGGGAUAGGCUGAGGCUAAAACGUCUAAAAGAACAGCAGCAGAACAAGAACAAGGAGCUUGGCGAUUCCACGAAGCAGCGCCAGUCUCAGGAGCAAGCCAGGAGGAAAAAGAUGUCCCGAGCACAGGAUGGCAUACUCAAAUACAUGCUGAAGAUGAUGGAAGUUUGUAAAGCUCAGGGAUUCGUAUAUGGAAUCAUACCAGAGAAGGGAAAACCUGUGAGCGGUGCUUCCGAUAAUCUGCGUGGCUGGUGGAAGGAGAAGGUAAGGUUCGAUCGUAAUGGGCCUGCAGCAAUUGCCAAAUACCAGGCUGACAAUGGGAUCAGGGGCCUUAACAGUGAGCAAAACUCCAGGCCUGUCAGCCCCUACUCUUUGCAAGAGCUUCAGGACACCACGUUGGGAUCACUCUUAUCUGCUUUGAUGCAACAUUGUGACCCACCUCAACGUCGGUUUCCGUUGGAGAAGGGCAUCUCACCGCCAUGGUGGCCAACAGGAAAUGAGGAGUGGUGGCCUCAGCUGGGUAUUACCAAUGACCAGCUGCCUCCUCCAUAUAAGAAACCUCAUGAUCUCAAGAAGGCUUGGAAGGUUGGAGUACUGACUGCUGUCAUCAAGCACAUGUCUCCAGAUAUUGACAAGAUUCGUAGGCUGGUGCGGCAGUCAAAGUGCCUUCAGGACAAGAUGACUGCCAAGGAGAGUGCAACCUGGCUAGCUGUUGUUAAACAGGAGGAGAUCCUGUUCAGGGAGCUUCAUCCUGAUGCCUGUCUACCGCCAUCUUCAGGAAAUAAUUGCAAUGGAACCAUCUCAUUCAGCAGCAGCAGCAGUGAAUAUGAUGUUGAAGGGGUUGAUGAUGGAAAAAGUGAGGAGGCUGGUAACACAAAUCCAGUACUGGAUGUCAACAAUGUUUUCAACACCAGCACAUCCUCAGGAAAUGACCUCUAUAUGGGGCCACACCAUGCUGUUAAGGAAGAAGGUUACAGGGAGUUUAUCAGAAAACGGUCUGCAAAUUCUGAGCCUGAAAUUAUGUCAAAUCAAGGCAUCAUUAUCCGUAACGAAAAGUCUAAAUUCGCUCGUAGCGAUUAUGAGAUUGGGGUCAUGGAUAGAGGCGUGAGAUCCAACAAUCAACAAUACCUCUCCGGCUACCCAACAAGUCUUCCUAGUUUCUGUGCGACUGGUUUUCAGGUGAAUGAGAGCAAGCCCCAGACCAUCUGUGCUUCACUUGCACAGUCUAAGUUGAAUCAGAGUGUCUUGCAAUCCACAGUUAUCAACACGUCGAGUCCUUUCGACUUAUCGGGCAUAGGCCUUCCGGAUGAUGGACAGAAGUCGAUCAUCGAGCUGAUGAAUCAGUACGAUGGCAAUAUUAACAGCGAGAUAGGCUUGGCCAAUGAGGAGCCGAACCCGGGUUCUAUUCAUGCACCGGCUCAAGCUGGAAGCAACUUCUAUGGCUCGAUGAAUGGAGUUUGUGGCGAUCUCUUCGAAGGAGCAAACAAUUCACAGUUCUUUCCUUUCCAUGAUGAUCUGAUGCAGAUGAACCAGGCUUAUCACCCGGCUCAAUCGAAUAAUAUCAAUAAUGAAUUGAAAUUUGAAUCACCUUUCACCAUGCAAUCAAUGGACUUUGCAGAUUCAUUGCCUAGAGGAAUGGUGCAGUCCCUGCAAAGUCAAAAUGGAUCAGGAUGGUUUUUCUGAAAUAAAUCUUCCGUGCUUAUAACAGGGAAUCCAUUGGGUAAAAUCUUUUUCCAAAACACUUAAGCAGGAUUCAGGUGACCUAUUUCGUCUUCUUUCUUUGGUUUUUCUUUCUCUCUUCAUGUAGCUUUCAGAAUGUGCUUCUGAGAGUCUUUUUAGAUAGUCCAGUGAAGCUAUUCAACCAGGCUUCUAUGUAAGUGUUUAGUUGCAGCUUGUUUUAGUUAUCGAGUCAAUAUCGAUGUCAUUCUCACAUUGUCUUGUUCAUAGAAUCUCUUGUGCUUGGAAGAGGUCUGGUUACCUGAUUAUAUAUCUUGUGCCCUUGCUUUUAAUUGUUUGAACUUAUAUAUAAUUUUUGUUGAUACUUCAUAAAUUAUCCUGUUGUUGUUCA